UGGGGUCCCUGGGAUGCCCGGCAGUGUUUUUUACCCCGGGUGCUGGGGAUGUGUGCCCGGUGCUGUGUUGUUUCCCCGUGCUCUGUUGUUUCCCCCGCCGUUGUUUCAGGGUGAGCAGGUGCCGCCUACCUCCAACACUCUCCUCUGCUAAGUGCACCCCUCACCACCCCGCAGCGCCCAUCCCUUGGUGCUGGGCGGUGGGAGGCAGAGAGGUGCUCGUACGGUGGGCGAGGGUGCAUUUUCAGGAGCUUCCCAGCCCUUGUUUUAGGGAAGGUACCCCAAGGAUUCGCGCGCCCCAUUCGGCGUGGCAGCUCCGCACAAAACUCGUGGUGCCUUGUAUGUCACCGGCACGCGGCUGGGCGGAGGGCAUCACGCCGACCCCCAGGGCUGUCCCGUCUGAACCACGGUGGCUUUGCGGGCAGCUGAGCCUGAGCUCUGCCGCCCGUGUCACCUCUGACCCCGAGUUGACAGCGGUGUGUGGCGUGACAGUGAUCCAUGUCAAGGUCACACCCAGAUAACUCGGUGAUAAACAGGUUCACACGGUGAUAAUGGACCGGCUCUGCUCCCUCUCCUCCCUCUCUCUUCUCCUUCUACCUCUUCCCUCCACUCCCUGGCUUGCACCAGGGACUCGUGCCCACUCACCUUGAGCAGAGAGGCUCCGUGGAUGUUCUGCAGAAGGGGGAUUGGGUGCAUCCAGAAACUGCAGAGCCCUGGUUUUCCAUGCGUCCAAGAGUGCCUGUGGACAGAGAGAGGCUGCGUGGUCUACCAGAGCCUGUGUAGCUAAUGGCUCCCAGGAUAAUGCUGCUGUCCUGCUGCACAGCCAUGCCCAAGAAUGAUGGCACCAAAAAGCCGGCGCUGGAGAUGGUGCUGGACCAGCGCUGGAAGCUACAAGUCUGCUACCUCUGCUUCUAUGGCUUCAUGACACAGAUCCGACCGGGGGAGAGCUUCAUCACCCCCUAUCUGCUGGGGACCGACAAGAACUUCACAAAGGCAGAGGUGACCAAUGCGAUCACACCGGUGCUGUCCUACUCCUACAUGGCCGUGCUGGUGCCCAUUUUCCUGCUGACAGACUACCUGUGCUACAAGCCCGUGCUGGUGCUGCAGAGCCUGAGUCACAUCUCCAUCUGGCUGCUGCUGGUGCUGGGCACUUCAGUCCUGGCCAUGCAGCUGAUGGAGUUCUUCUACGGCAUCACCAUGGCUGCCCGCAUUGCCUACUCUUCCUACAUCUUCUCCCUGGUCACCCCGUCCCGCUACCAGCGGAUGGCCAGUUAUUCCCGCUCCGCUGUGCUCCUGGGGGUUUUCACCAGCUCCGUGUUGGGCCAGCUCUGCGUCACCUUGGGUGGUGUCCCCUUCCUCACCCUUAACUACGUCUCCUUGGGCUUCGUCAGCUUCGGCCUCAUCCUCACCCUCUUCCUCGAGCGGCCCCGGCGCAGCCUCUUCUUCAAUCGGCCUGGGGGGGCUGGUGACGCUGCUGUGCCCACCGAGCUGGACAGGAUGGCCAGGGGGGACAGCGGGAGGGGGACACGGGGUUGGCGGGACAUGGUGCUGUGCCGGAUGCUGCAGGAGCUGGGAGCGCUGGCCAGGCAGCCCCAGCUCCGCCUCUGGUCCCUGUGGUGGGUCUUUAACUCGGCUGGGUACUACCUGAUGCUGUACUAUGCUCACAUCCUCUGGAACGAGAUCUCUCCCACCACGGACAACCGCCGGGUGUACAAUGGAGGCGUGGAUGCUGCCUCCACGCUGCUGGGAGCUGUUGCCUCCUUCGGUGCUGGCUACGUGAAGAUCCGCUGGAAGCUGUGGUCAGAGCUGGUGAUUGGAGUGGUUACGGCAUUCCAGGCAGGAUUGCUCCUGCUUAUGAACUCCACCACCAACAUCUGGCUGUGCUAUGCUGCCUAUAUCCUCUUCCGUGGCUCCCAUCAGUUCCUGGUUCCCAUUGCCAUUUUCCAGAUUGCUACCUCCCUCUCCAAAGAGCUCUGUGCUCUGGUCUUCGGAGUCAACACCUUCUUUGCCACAGUGCUGAAGACCAUCAUCACCAUCAUCGUGGCUGACAAGAGGGGCUUGGGCCUAUCUGUGCAUCCCCAGUUUUAUGUGUAUUUUGGCUACUUCACCCUGCUGGCCGUGGUCUACCUCCUGGCGGCCAUCAGAGUGGGUGUCCAGCACAGCCACCGCAGGCAGCCAGUGGAGCUGGCCCUGGCCAAGGAGCCAUGCCAGCUCCCAGUGGAAAUUUCAGCACAAGAGAAAAGCCCGGAGGCGGGCACCGUAUGAGCCUGAGCACUGGUAUCAUGACACUGUGGCCAGCUCUUGGCUCCCCAAGUGAGCAUUGUCAUCGCCACCGUGUGCUUGGUGUCCUGUCCCACUGCCAGUCCUGGGUGCUGUUCUGUCGAGGAUGUAACUGCUGGGACAUGUUUUCUGCUCUGUGAGGACAGGGCUGUGCCCCUUCCCUGUCCCCACACACAGAGUGGGGGCAAGAUUCCCAUGUGCCACAGCCGUCUGUCACAUAGGGGUAUGGAUGGGGACCCCAUCCCACUGCAUCCCCAUCAUGGCACGGAGCCAGGCUACAAGAGAAUGUUUCUUUAUUCAGUGCCUUUAGAAAAUGGUUUAUAGCACACAACUGAUGACAAAAAAAUAAUAUAAAGAUCCACACGCUUUAAAUUGCAUUAAUUACACAAAAUACAGUAGACUGUAAGAAAUAGAGACCGUGUGACUCGCACAGCUUUUAUGGUAAUAAUUUUCAUAGAAUAACAAAAAAGCUAGUUACAAAUUUC